CUGACAGUUGUCUACUUGAUACGAGCUUACAAGAAGUGACGGUUACAGCUGUUUGAUCAUUCAACGUCCUGCGGUCGUGAAAAGAAGAGCUUUGUGUAUUUUGUUUAGUGUGAUAUUACACCGAGGUGAAGAUGCAGGUGUCUACCGGAGAGAUACUAAUGUUCCUGGUCCUGGGAGUUUCACUUCUGCACCAGAGUAGUUCCAUUCCUGCUACUGUAAGACCAUCUAACACGACUACAGUUCGUAGGACCACUCCAGUUAUUCACCCCACGAAACUGACCAAACUUGUUAGAACUGCCAGCCUUACUGCUACUACCACACGCCGUACUAGGAUACUACCAUCGGCUUCUAAUCUUACUGUUAACGCAACAGUCCCACUUAAACCAAGUACACUUAAUACGUCUAGUGUGUUAAAGGCUUCCUCCACUAAAGGCCAUACCAUAAAGGUCAGGGAGGCACAUGCAGAAGCUCCUUCAGCUUCAGCUAUUCCCGCAUUGGUUGGUCGUAGAGUCGCAUUCAGUGUGGCAAAGGCUACGGAACGCCUCCAUGCCUUCGCUCAUGUCCACUUCAGGGAUGUCCUAACAAACGUAGGUGGUGGCUGGGACCCAGCAACAAAUGAAUUCGUAACGCCCUAUGACGGAAAAUAUUUCUUCACAUUCCAUGCUAUUGGGGCAAACGACAGUGACUUUACAAUGUCGCUGACGAGGAAUAGAAUGCCUGAGGUGACUGCGUAUGGAACGACUACUACCUUCGAACAUGGUUCAAAUUCCAUAGUCUUAGAUCUGAAGACGAUGGAUAAGAUCUCGCUGGAGCUCCAUCAGGGCGCAAUAUAUGAAAACCCUGGCAACGAAUCCUACACUUCCUUCACCGGGUUCCUAAUUUCCAGUGUGUAAUGAGAUCUCUGCACGAAACUGUUUGAUUUCUAUAAUAAACUAAAUUGUAGCA